GCAGUUUAGAGCGGCUACCAAGCUCUUCUACGAAAUACUGUAGAUGUUCCGUUUUUAUCCCAUUCAGUCCAUUGCGUUAAUCGUUCUUUGUUAAUUUAGAGGACUAAGGGAAAUCACCGAAGGUAUUUGAAUAAUGUCAGAAACUGUUGACAGAGAGGCAGAAACUGUGCCUUGCAAAGAUGAUGUGGUAGAUAGAGAAGAUGCUACAAAGAACCAUGAUGAUGAAGUAGAUAGAGAUGACGCUACAAAAGGUAAUUAUAAAGUAUUACAAAAUAAUUUAAUGAAUGUGGGAAUAACAGCCCCACCUCCUGCAACAGUUCCACAAAUAACAUUCUACCUUGAUGACUGUGAUGCAAACAAAAAUGUGAUUAAGAAAUUUCCAAAGGAACCUAUUGAGUGCAGAGUAGGGCAAGCAAAGGUUUUGGGGCGUGGGAGAGGCGUUGACAUAUUCCUCAACCAUGAUACAGUAUCACGAAGCCACAUGAAGCUCACACCAUUUUAUAAUCCAACUCGUAAUGUGAUGGAAUUCGAGGUUGAAGUCACAAGCACUACACAGGUCAUUACUAUCAAUGAGGAAAGCUUGUUGUUAGGAGGAAAGAAAAUUAUUUAUUCUGGAGACAAAUUAAAACUUGGGGAAUUGGAAUUUUGUAUUGAAAUACAACAAGGACAGGAAAGAAGUCGCUCCCUGAUUGCACUAAAGGGUAAGAACCUUUUUAAAAUGUUCCCACAGGCUACACAGAGCCAAGAUGUUCAUCCAGUGAUAGUUGGAGUGCAAAACUUGAAUAUCAGCAGUGGUGGCAGCAUGCUGCCAAAUGCUUCCAUGGGUCCAUACAUACCCCCUCAGGGUAUAAUGUACCAGUGUCCAUCGUUCGGUGGGCAGUAUAUGCCUCCUCAAGUAAAUAUGACUGGCCAACCUGGACAGGUUCCCUACUUUGGAAAUCAGGGGUAUAUUUACCAGGCUCCACCACCAGGCCCUAGAAUGGGAGUGCCGCCACCCUCUUACCAGGAUGACCAGGAUUACCAGGAUGCCAGUUACAGACGUAAUAUGUAUAGACGAUCUGGGGGGUCCCAACCAUCAGAACACUCUGAGGAUAGUGGCAUGAAUCUGUCAUUCGAAGAAACUAACUUGCCGAAAGGACAAUCAUUUGAGGAGACUGAGCCUCCCAAAAAGGGUGAGAAAGGGGAUUGA